AUGGUCUUCAAGUUUUCAACCUUCAAUCUCACUGAAGAUCCUCCCGAUUUCAAUCUGUGUUCGCCACCUCCUUCUCAGUCAUCAACAAUUUGUCUGCCGCUUAAUCCUGCUAGCUGCAGUUUCAUCAAAGCUGUAACCCGGGUCGCUGCCGGUGCUUCUCUGCGCUUGGCCAAUUCAGCUUCCAAUCUUGGUUGCUGGAUACCGAGCGAAUCCCUCCAAUGUCCAGAGGAAGGACGCCUUAAAAGGUUUACUUUCCGCGAGCUGAAGGUCGCUACCAACAACUUCAGCGAGACAAAGAAGGUGGGUCAGGGUGGGUACGGUUGUGUGUACGAAGGAGUCCUGGGGGACGGCUCCAGAGUGGCGAUAAAAAGACUCGUUAGACAUACCUGUCAAGGAUUGACACCGCGUGCUGAAGUAAAAGUGGGGACCAUGAUCUGGCAUCGGAAUCUCCUUCCGCUUCGCGGCUUUUGUUCGUCAUCGAAACAUGGAGAAUAUGCUCUCGUGUACCCUUUCAUGGUGAACGGAAGCCUAGACUCCCUUUUAAGAGGACGGUCAACAGAGGCGAGCCCCCUUGAUUGGCCCACCAGGAAAAAGAUAGCAAUUGGAGUUGGGAGAGGGAUCUCCCAUUUGCAUGAUCUGAGGAUAAUUCACAGGGACAUUAAACCCGAUAAUAUACUGUUGACUGAGGAUUUUGAGGUCCGUAUUGGAGAUUUUGGGUUGGCCUUGUUCAUGGACGAGUACAAAGACAAGGCUGUUUCCGAAGGAGGACCCAACGGUGAAAACGCUUAUUUUAUCGACUGCACAAUGGGAACACUUGGUUACAUCGAUCCAGAGCGCUUUCUCGGAAGAAACUCAGUAAAGAGCGAUGUUUAUGGGUUUGGCGUGACGCUUCUUGAGCUCAUAAGCGGUCGAAGAGCUUGGGAAACGACCUGCCUCGACGGAGAUGAACUGGGGCUGCCUCAGUGGGCACAUGCCCUUUCAAAGAAGGAACAGUUGGAAAGGCUGGUCGAUUCCGAUAUGCCGUGUGGCUAUAACGAGAGCGAAGUCGAGAGAACCAUUCGCCUGGCUCUGCUUUGCACGCAAUUCCACCCCAAAAAACGACCUUUUAUGGCUGAAGCAGUCCUAUAUCUUGAAGGAAUUAUUAGCUUGGAGAAAAGAUGGGAGGAGUAUCAACCUGAAGACGAAUUAUCUGGCCCAAAUAACCUCUCCAGUUCGAGCAACUGUACUUCUUGUCCAAGGGAAGAAGAAUUAUCUGGUCCUAGAUGA